AUGCCGAAUCUGGAAACCGGUGUCAGCAAACUCGCUCACAAAGACGGCCGGGACGACGUGGGGGCCAUCCUACAUGGACUGCUGUUGCUCCUCAGUAGCUCCCUCUUCUCCGCCUCGGUCAAGCCAGAUGUCGAGGUGGGCGAAGAGCUCAGGAGACCCGAGCUGGCAGUCGCAUUGGAGACUGCCACGCGGCUGAGCAGCUCCGUGGCCCGCCUGCUCGAGUUCGGGCUCGUCAACACGCCCUUGCAGGCGCUGGAUGUGGUGAUUGACGGCUCGGUGGCACAUGCUCUCAACAGACGGGGCCGCCGCCUGCUGCUGCUUCGCUCUGCCCUUGGCGAGGAGUCUCGCCGGGUGAGACGGUGCGAGUCUGGUGACGCGGAUGCCAUUCUUCCCAUAUUUCAAAAGAGUCUCGGUGGUGCCAAUUAG